AAUGGAGAAUGAAAUCACAAAGAUGGAUUAUAAUUAGCUACAAAAAGAAGCUAAUUAAUGCAUGGAAAAUAUAUUAUUUCUGGCAAUAGAUAAAAAAUAAUAACCAAAUAUCAAAUCAGAGGAAUACUAAAGAUGUUAAAGGUUAGUAACAGAAUUCAGAAAAUAAUUUAUUGAGCAUAUGGCAAAGACAUUAAAUUUAGAUGAGAAAUCUGUAUAACAUAUAUAUUCACAAAUGAACAGCAAAUAAAAUUGAA